AUGUUUGCGACUCGGGUUGCACGUUAUGUGCCUUCGGCCGUCCGCGCGAAUGCGACCCAAUUCAUGCGCACGAAGCGCACCACGAACAUGGCUGGUCUAGAGAUUCACCCGGACCCCCUGCCUGAGCUCGAGUCGUUGUAUACCAAGACACUCGGUGUUCUCGAGGCUCUGCCCUCUUCGGCCGUAUUCCGCCAGUCAUCGGAGGCUGUGACGCAGCAGCGCCUGUCAAUUGUGCGUGCUGCGAUGACCGAAAACUCGCGCAGGAAUGCGUACGCCUCGGAGGCUGCCAUCGAUGACGUGGUCAAGGAGCUGGACGCGGGUCUGAUCGAGGAGAUCCUCGACCAGGCUCACGACGAGUUCCACCUCGCCACCAAAAUGAUCGACUGGAAGCCGCACGAACCCCUCCAGGUUCCCGCGCCCCCGGGCCAGUGGAAGGGCUUCAGUAUGAAGGAAGCUACCGGCGAGGGCCUGUAG